CGGCCUUCAGCCCCGCGCACCGCGCCCCUCGCCCUCUGAGGCCGGUCUCGGACCUCGCAGCGGGCAGCCCCGGCCCCCGGGCCCGGCCCCCCCUGGGCGCACGGCCGCCCCCGCGGAGGAGUCCGCGGUGCUUACCCCUGACUCGCCGACCAAACCUGCGGGACGCCCCCCAGCCGCGCUUGGCGGAGGGCCGGGUGCCUGCGGGGCUGGGAGCGCGCAGGGCUGGGGUGGGGAUGGGCCAGCUCGCUUCCUUCACCCCUUCCCGACAGCCCGGCUUCUGGCUUCUGCGAAGUGCCCGCGGGUGUUUUUCCGUGCAGUGUUCACUGAGCGCCUCCCGUGUGCCCCGCGCCCCAAGAAGUCAGAGAGCGAAGCAGGCCUUCUAUCAGCCGGUGCAACCUGGUCAGCUCUGCUGCGAGGCUCUGCACGCGGUAACUCGUUCGAGCCUCACGACUGCCUUAGGAAGGAGCUGUGUUGCUAUCAAUCAUUUUACAGAUGGGGAAACUGAGGCACAGAGGGGCAGCGUGCUGAGAGUCACUCGGCAGCUGUAGGAUUUGAGCCUAGGCACCACAGACCACUAACCACUGGACACACCGAAAGAGCCCAUGGGGAACCAGACGGUGGGAAAAAAACACUGAGGAAUAAAGUAUUUCAGGUGAGGACAGAGGGAUGGCCAGCAACUCUGAGCUGAGCACUGUGAACAAAGCCAGGAGACCGUGUCAAAGAGGCUGAGAGCGGAUCCUUUCUGCUACCACCCUUGGGGCAGAAUGACAUCCAGUCAUACCCCCGAAAUGUAUGCUGCGUGACUGUUGAAAGAAAGUGGCAACACCAGGGUGGAAAUCCUGGACUUCUGGAGGCCUGGCUACUUUUUAAAUCAAACUGACUAUGGGGACAAAGACUCAUCUUCGCAUCCUAGCGUCCUGCGCUAUGCCUUCUAAGGCUCUCGAUCAUUCCGUAGGAGGAAGGCAAAAAAUUAAAUGAAAAUGAAAAAUGUGUCCCUUAGGAGAUCACGAUGACCUUGCAUCUUGUCUGGAAACCUCCCCUGGUAGCUUUGCUAUGGUUUUUGAGAACAAAGCAGGGUCUCGAGAAGGAAAACUCCUUCGCACACACAGGGAGGUCCUAGGAGGGCUGGUGUCAUGACCGACGUCCACCGGCGGUUCCUGCAGUUGCUGAUGACUCACGGCGUGCUGGAGGAGUGGGACGUUCGGCGGCUGCAGAAGCACUGCUAUCGGGUCCAUGACCGCACUGCCGCCGUGGAGGAGCUGGAGGACUUUAUCAACAACAUUAACAGUGUCCUGGAGUCCCUGUAUAUCGAGAUCAAGAAGGGAGCCACCGAGGACGACGGGAGACCGGUUUACGCACUGGUGAAUCUGGCAACGACUUCUGUUUCCAAAAUGGCCUCAGACUUUGCAGAGAAUGAGCUGGAUCUGUUCAGAAAGGCCUUGGAACUGAUUAUUGACUCGGAAACCGGCUUUGCGUCUUCCACAAAUAUUUUGAACCUGGUUGACCAACUUAAAGGCAAGAAGAUGAGGAAGAAGGAGGCGGAGCAGGUGCUGCAGAAGUUCGUACAGAACAAAUGGCUGAUCGAGAAGGAUGGGGAGUUCACGCUGCACAGCCGGGCCAUCCUGGAGAUGGAGCAGCACAUCCGCCAGACGUACCCUGACGCCGUGAAGAUCUGCAACAUCUGCCACAGCCUCCUCAUCCAGGGUCAAAGCUGCGAGACGUGUGGGAUCCGAAUGCACUUACCUUGCGUGGCGAAGUAUUUCCAGUCCAAUUCUGAGCCGCGCUGCCCCCACUGUAAUGACUACUGGCCCCACGAGAUACCAGAAGUCUUCGACCCUGAGAAGGAGCGGGAGGCUGCUACGUCCAGGGCCACCAAGAGGUCCCUGCGGUCCCGGCAGCACUAGCUGGUGCGCUGUGGGGGCUGCAGAAGAGCUGGUUUGGGAGAGAAGCGGCGUGUCCUACGCACCUGCUUUGUGUUCACGUGUGAGCAGGUUUGGAAUAAAGUCACUAAGGGGUCCUCGCUGCA